CAGCGCGCAGCGGCCCGGCGGCCCGGGCGGCCGCAGCGGCCACUGGAGCAGCCCCGACUCCCUUCAGCUGCCGCUGUCUGCUCCGAGUCCCCAGCCCCUAGACGCCUCUUCCCCGCGCGUGUUCCUUUCUUAAUGGAUUCGCCGGAGACUGGACAGAUGCUGAGCUUGCCUGCCGAGCUCGGCAACAACAAUUUAAAGCUGAUGGAGCCGGCGGCAUCAGCAGCCCUUGUAGACGCGGGCCCCCACCCGGAAGUGGCUACAGGGGGUAUCGCACCGCACCCCACCCGGGAGCGGGAGCCGGAGCAGGAGCAGCCUCCACGGGCCUCGACGCCGGAGUGCAAAGUCCUGCUCUCGCGAGCUGACUCCUUGGCGUCCGGGGGGCGUCUCCGGGAAGCCCUCGAGGUGUACAGACAGCUCUCGGGACGGCGACAGCUGGCGGCUGAGCAGCUCGAGCAGCUGGUGCGCUGCCUGGCGGAGAACGUCUCGCUGGGCGAGGGGCUGGCGCCGGCGUCCCCGGACGGCGGCGGCGCUGCGGGCUGCGAGACGGAGGCUGAAGAGGCGGGGACGGCCGUGGCCACUGAGGUGUGGGACGGCUUCAAGUGCCGGAAGUGCCAUGGAUUUCUGUCAGACCCCGUGUCCUUGUCGUGCGGCCACACCUUUUGUAAACUGUGCCUGGAACGCGGGCGGGCGGCCGACCGGCGCUGUGCACUGUGCGGGGUUAAGCUCUCCGCGUGGAUGGUGGCCGCAGGGCGGGCACGAGGCACCCGAUGGGCUGGGCCGCAGUCGCCACCGCCGCUGCGGGUCAACGUGGUGCUCAGCGGCCUCCUGGGCAAGUUGUUCCCGGGCCCGGCGCGGGCGUCGCAACUCCGGCACGAAGGCAACCAGCUGUACCGCGAGCGCCAGGUGGAGGCGGCGCUGCUCAAGUACAACGAAGCGGUUCAACUAGCUCCGAAUGACCACUUACUUUAUAGCAACCGGUCUCAAAUUUAUUUCACCUUGGAGUCUCAUGAGGAUGCACUACAUGAUGCAGAAAUAGCGUGUAAGCUCCGCCCGAUGGGUCUUAAGCCACACUUCCGAAAAGCGCAAGCAUUAGCCACCCUAGGCAAGGUGGAGGAAGCACUAAGAGAAUUUCUGUAUUGUGUAUCUCUCGAUGGAAAGAACAAGAAAGCAAGAUUUGAAGCCCAAAGGCUUCUCCUUAGUUUGUUUUCACCAUCAGUCCCGGGGGAGUCUCAGGAACAUAUUACCGAUAUCCUGAAGCUGUUGGCAUCUCACCCUAGAUUAAAGGAACAAGUAGAGUCAAUGGCUACUGAAGGCAUCAGCCAUAAUCUACCAAAGUUGUCACAGGAAAAUCCAGUGCUCCCUCAUUGUUUUAGUCAGGAAGAAGCAGCUGCCAGGCCAGCUCAAGUAAAGGUGGAUGGUCAACAAGACCAGGAAGAAGGAGAAGAGGAGAAGAGGGACACUGCUUCUCCAGAGGCUGACUCCACCAAGACUGAAAAAUGCCAGAAAAAGAAAAGGAAACAUUGUUAUAUUGAACCCCAAGGCCUGGACAUGCCUAAUAAAGCCUCCAAGCAAGGAUCUCCCACUGAUCAGGGGGCCAAACCUGCUCUCAAUAUUCCAUUCGCAUCUUUUGACGCAUCUGACCUUGAAUGUUCACUAUGUAUGAGAUUAUUCUAUGAGCCAGUUACAACACCUUGUGGGCAUACCUUCUGCUUGAAAUGCCUCGAAAGGUGCCUGGAUCACAACGCGAAGUGUCCACUGUGCAAAGAUGGCCUUUUACAGUGCUUGGCUUCAAGAAAAUACAGCAAAACUGUAAUAAUGGAAGAACUAAUAGCUAAAUUCCUUCCUGAAGAACUCAAUGAGCGAAGGAGGCUUUAUGAAGAAGAAAUGGAAGAACUUUCUAACUUAAAUAAGAAUGUGCCUAUUUUCGUGUGUACUAUGGCCUAUCCCACCGUUCCUUGUCCCCUGCACAUCUUUGAGCCUUGUUACCGUCUGAUGAUUCGUAGAUGCAUUGAGACAGGCACAAGACAGUUUGGCAUGUGCCUUGGAGAUCCUGUUAAAGGAUUUGCGGAAUAUGGCUGCAUCCUAGAGAUUAGAAAUGUUCAGUUCUUUGCUGAUGGCCGCUCAGUGGUUGACAGCAUAGGCAAGAGGCGCUUCAAGGUGCUCCAUCAGGGCCAGCGGGAUGGUUACAGCACAGCUGACAUUGAAUACAUUGAAGAUCAAAAGGUUCAAGGAGAAGAUUAUGCUGAGCUGUUGACGUUACAUAACUGUGUAUAUGCGCAAGCGUCACUGUGGUUUCAUUCACUCAAAUCAUCUAUGAAGAAUCGGAUACUUCAUCACUUUGGUCCAAUGCCAGAGAAGGAUACUGAUCUCCAGGUUAAUCCGAAUGGUCCAGCUUGGUGCUGGUGGAUAUUAGCGGUUCUCCCAUUGGAAAGCCGAGCUCAGCUCCCAUUCCUAGCGAUGAGGUCCUUAAAGGAUAGACUGAAUGGUAUUCGGCGAGUCCUGUCCUUUAUAUCCCGAACUAAAAACUAGUAAGAGUGGAUUGCGGAAGAGGAGCACCCACCCUCCCCACUGCCCCGGGGGAGUUGUCUUGUAAAUGUAUGUAACUGCAAUAACAUCUUUCCAAAAGGGAAUAGCAAACAGAGGUAUUACCCUGCUGUUGAUCACAGGACGAAAUGGAGUAGAAAGACCAAAAGAAUGUGGUCUGUUUGCCACUUUAUGACUCAAGAUGUUCUUGACAUGCUGCACUACUACAUGAACAGCAGAGGUGUUUAAGAGUCUGGAAAAAAAUACUUUUUUCCAUAAAAUUUUCUGAAAGUUUGAAGUGGUUUUGCUUUAAUUUUCUUUCGUAGAUGAAUGACUGUGUGGUUGAAAUGUGAAGCAGAGAUACUAGUAACGUUGCUGCAUUAUUUCACUGAAUUGAGGUCUCAUUCCAAAUGGUUCAGGUUUUAUACAGUAUUGUGUCAAAUUUUCGGCCUUCUGUUUUAGUAAUUUAUUUUUUGCACUACUGUAUCCUUUUUGCUACAUGUAUGUUUGUAACUAUUUAAGUGUCCAUUACUGAAAAGCCAGUCGCUUUAUUUAUUGGUGUGGCUUACUGUGUACAAAUGACUAGAGGGAAGUGACAAUACUAGAAAUGUGUAAUUUUUGCUUUCACCAUUUUUUACUGCAUUUGUUGCCAGUUCUUGGACCAUGUUUGUAUCUAUCCAAUUGAAGGUUUAAAAGAAGUUCAGAAUCAUGCUAAGAUCAUCAUCUAUCUUCACAGAUUCCUUUUUCUUUUUUUUUUUCAGUUUGAGUUCAACAAUAUAAGCUACUGAACAGGAUUUGGCAUAUCGACUGUGGCGUAUGCCAACGUAAAGUAAAAUACUUCAUUUUUCUGUAUGUUAUACAGAACGAGGCUGAAGGAAUUAGUUUUCUGAACUGAAGAGCUCAAUCAGUGGACUGUCUUUUAUUGUAAUUUAUUUAUAGGCAUUUAUUUCAGCAAUCUAAUUAUAAGUGUAUCUAAUUUUCCCUAAUGCAGUUAAGAAUGGGAUUUUAGGCAGGAUAGUACUUAACCCUUUAGAGGGCAUGGUGUCCAGUUUGGUACAUCACAGCCUUGCCCAACUAGCCUCCAUACCCUACCUCUUCUCAGGGUUCUGCAUAUGAAGACCUGGGCUAAUAUGAAGGGAAAUACUUCUUUAUGAAGGACUGUUUGGAUUUAAAAAUUGUAAGGAAGCCAGAUAGAAUACAACCCCUUAAAAAUCUUUUUAAAGGAACCAGGCAGUUAAUCCAUUAUUUUAUCUAAACACUGCCUUUCCUCCUGGUUGCAAAAGGCCAAAGAUUUCCGUAUAGGGGAAGAAUAGAGGGUAAGGAGGUAAGAGUAAGCACUUAUUUAAAUUUCUUAUUGCAGGCUUGAUUCCUUCAGUGUUAGGAGAACCUGAAAAAUACUGUGAGUAUGGGAGUGUUAUACUGACAGAGUGAAAAGACCAGGGUAGAGAAGAGGUGAAUUGUGUCAUUUGUACUGCGGCCACAAUUAUCCUGCCCCCAUAUGAUGUUGGACAGCUGCAGUGAUAUUAGUCACAGCCCAGUUGCUCUGUUAAGGUGAGAGGUUAAUGCCUCAAGUAAUCAGUCUGAUUUCUUCUGUCACCACAUGGGGCCAGAAACAAAAGUGAGAGUGAAGUAAUUCAGACAAUAUAAAAGAGAUUAUGUAAGUAAAAACAAACGAUCUUUUUCUGAGUCCCAAUUACUUCAUCUAUAAAAUGGUAGUGAGAGCAUUCUGCAUAUAGAGUUGUUACGAACAUUAAAUGAGAUAGUAUAUGUAAAUCACUUAGCACAGUGCCUAGCACAUAGGAAACACUCAACGAAUAGUAGCUGUUAUUAUUCAUAGUUGCAGAAUAUCAUCAGGGCCCUGUAUUUCCAUAAAACACUGCCUUUACAUGCAGUACCCACUGCCAACCCCUUUAAACUUGGUUGGGCGAAUGCACACUACUGAUUUUAUGAUUGACAUAACUUGAUGAUUGACAAGUAAUUUUUUAAGGGGUCAUGACUGCUUGGGAAAAUGCCAGCAAACUUGUCCCAUCUCAAUAAGGCUAAAAAACAGUUUUAUUUGGAGGUCUAGAAUUUCUGAUAGAAUGGAAUCCUUAAGUUCUAGCUCAGUUAAAAUAACCAGCUCAUCACUCCCUGCUGUCCAAAAUGUAUAGAUUGAUGUUCAUGGCCAUGCCAUGAUGAAUAGAUUUUACAACCUAUGACUUUUGUGCUUUGUUCAUAGUAUUCCCUCAAUACUGUCCAAAGUAACAGAUUCACCAAAAAUAUAUUGAGAACCUAUUGCCUACUAGGUCCUAAGCCAAGUGAUUUCACACACAUGAGCUCAUAAAUUGUUUAUUUUUCAUAUCAACCCUGUGAGAGUAGUUAUUAUUCCCAUAUUAUAGAUGAAAAAACUGAGGCUCCGCAGAGUUAAAUACUUCUUUGCUCAGGUAACAUAGUCAAUCAAUAAGAGGCCCAGCUUGAUUUUGAAUCCAUUACUUCGCAGAUUUUUAAUAUUUCUAAAUCUUUUGCAUUACACAUAAUUUUGUUAAAUGGGCAUGGUAAUCAAAUCAGCAAAGAAUCCCGCAAGUUCACAAUGGGAAAUUUCAAGUUAAGUAAAAUUAAAUUACUCAACACAUCUCUACUAAUCUAAGCAGAAAGGGAGGUUUGAUUUCUUAAUAAAAUUCCACAUCGGAGAAUGCUUCAUCUUGAUAAGCGAGUAGCUAACUACAGCAAAUGUAGAUCUUGGCUAUCCAGAAUUUGCACUUUACUCUCUCAGUAGCCUAGAUACAUGUUUGGGUCAUUUUACAGCAAGGCUUUGUUUCGAUAGUGGUGUGAGGCAGUAUGCAAGGCUAAGUCUUGACUUUCUUUGGGAUGUGCUUGAAUUGGAGCAUGAACAUUCUCAACACUUGUAAGUUAGUUUUGCUGCACAGCUUGAAAAGACACAAAGCUAAAUAUAGGCCAGAAGGACAAGACUUCCCCCUUGUUAGAUUGUGCCAUUUAUUUGGUUAGUUUUCCUGUUUAUCAUGACUGACCCAGUCUUUUCCUAGUAGGUUAUUUUAUAUAUAUAUGUACAUAUACAUAUAUAUGUAUAUAUAAACUAGGUACGAGGCAGACACCAUGCCUUUCUGCUUUGUACCAUACUACUGCUGCUAGCUAAUAACCAGCAAAAUGUAGAAAAUGAAAAAACUAAUUUUUUGUAGGCGACUUGGAGAAAACAGUUUGCCUUUUCUGAGGGCCGACCGCUUCUAGCCCAGUGCUGCCUUAGCAGCGAGGGGCUAGUCAAGUCACUGCGCUUGUGCGCUUCCAGCUCUGCCUGUAGAGCUGGCCUGGGCUCAGCUAAUCCCCUGUGACUGGCCAUUGGAUCGGUGGAGCUCCAAGGCUAGUUCACAGCACACAGAGGUCUCUUACUGUCAACAGAGUACUGUUGAUGGACUGGAAUCCAUUGUGGACUGUUCGCCCAUCUCAACUCCAUUUUCACGAUGGGAGUUUUAUUCAGGGACUCAUUCCUGGAGUUCUCAACAUGUUGACUUCACAUCCAUUUCCAUUUACUAAGGCAGAAUCGUGAUAGAGGUGUGUAACGAAGAUGCAAAUGGAAGGCAGCCCAAAUAAUGGGAAAGGGCAGAUUUUCAGCCCAUUCUUGAGCCUGCAGAAGGAGGUUUUGAGGUAUGAUCAAAGGACAGUUCUGAAAGUUAGCCAACUGCCUUUCAAUUCGUGCCCCUUCCUGAGUUUAACAAAAAGGGAGGAAAAAGAGCCAUGUAACGUAUACCCAUUCAAUUCAUCUUACAAUGAUAGCUCUAAUGUAUUACACUGUUCAGCUAUUAAAAUAGUCUGGGUUACGCACAUCCAGAGCUUAAAUGAAGAAAUAUUCCUUACAAAUGGGUGUUUCCAAACACGCUUGCUAAAUUCACUUUCAGAGAGAAGUGCCUGUAAUCUCUGUUCCUGGUUGUUAUUCUAAAGCUUUCGCUCCAUGACUCUGUAGCCGUUUAAAGAUUUUUUUUUCACAGCAAACGUGAUUAACUGAAGUUUACAAAGCAACACUGUAGCUUAUGCGUCAUUUUAAAAGUUGAUUAACAGUUAUUGUCAAAGCAACAACAGUAAACAACAACAUAAAAGGAAAGACAGUAGGUCGAUGUGGCGCCAUAGGCUUAUCUUAGGUAAACUAGUUUCAUCGUUUUAUGCAGGUUCUCAGUAACGCCAGGAUUAAAAUAUCAAGUAAGUCCUUUAAACAGUGGCAAAUGUGUAGGUGUUUGUUAUUCCAUUUGUUAAGCAGCCAUUUUACUCUUGCACUGUAAUGAGUUGAAGGGGAAUUAAGAUAAUGCUCCCGCCCCCCGCAUAUUGCUAUUCAACUACCUCUAUAUGCUUGAUUUCUUUUUAGAAUUUCCCUUCAUCAAAAUCUGUACCAAAAAAACAGUUUCAGCUCAUCUUUGUUGUAAUAACAAUGUGAUAUAGACAGUCUCUGUGAAAAGUUGUCCAUUAAAAGAGUUUCCUGUUGUCUGAUUUUGUAUCUAACAAAACUGUGCUCAUACCUUAGGGCAAGAAUUACCCAAAUAGUGUUAUUUUGUUAGAAGCUGAAUAGAAAGAAAAGCUAUUGGAAUGUCUGCUUUGUUUUUGCACCCUAUUGGUUGUAAUACAUUUGACCAGACGAUUCUUUGCAGGGAAAUAGACCUGCACUCAGACAGCAAGCUCUUCUGUAUACAACAGUGAGGCAGGUGUGAACCGAUUAAUGUGACUUGUGUUUUCUGAAAAGCUGGCCAUAAAUUGAGUGUUUUUUUUUUUUAAAGAAGAAAAGCUUGUGAAAGAAUUAUGUUGAAGCAUUUUUUCAAGUAAAUAAUGAGCCCCUAGUUUAUUUGUAAAUCCAAGCAUUCAUAUAUUGGGUUUGCUUAAAGCAAAGCACACUGCCUACUCUGUUUUCUUUGGCGUUAUAAAGUGUUUACAAAAGCAAAUUACACGGUUUUUGUUGGUUGUUUUUUUGUUUUUAUUAAAUGCUUUCUCAACAAUAUGCUAAAGCUAAGGCCUGAAGCAUGAACCUUCUGAUAGAAAAAUUGGUAAGAGUUGAUUGGGAAAAUGAGUGAUGUUAACCAAGCUGACUUCAGCAAGCAAGCUUCAGAAAUAUCCCGUCAUCUGUUUUACCACCGAGGGGGAAAAAGACAUAGGAAUGGGGCAAUUGAAAAAAA